GUCCCCAGGGCUGCCCUUGCCCUAACUGGACAGUCACCAGAUGGUGGGGAUUAGAGAGGAUUUUAUUGUGGGCGAUUGUAUGGGGGCCUUGGAUGUUCACUUCAGGUAUCCCGCCUCUAAUGUAGACAUCUGCAUUCAAGACCUCUAACAAGUUGGGAAAGCAAACAACGUAUCCCCAUAGUAAAUAGGACUUGUAUGGAAAGAGGAUUAUUUAGCUGGCGAAGAAAAAGACUGAAGAAUUGAGUUUUAAAAAUCGCCGCUCAUGAUUAGACUCCUUUCUUUUAGUCCAGUGUUCUGGCUUGCUCCAACACUGGCAACAAUGACUUUUUUAAGGGAAUGCGAUUUCUUUUUCCUGGCUUCACCCAGCAAAGUUUAGGAGCUUUUCCAAGACCUUGCUUUCAGCUUGUCACCCAUGGGUUGAUACUAACCCUUCCUAGGUGUGAUUGUAUUUUCAACUGGCUUACAUUAUAGGUGAAUCAGACGUCCCAAUAGAUGUGGAGACAGUCACAUCAACCCCUGUGCCGCUCUAUGACAAUCAGAAGGCACGCAGCGUGAUGAAUGAGUGUGAACGGCAUGUCAUCUUCGCCAGGACGGAUGCAGAUGCCCCUCCUCCACCAGAGGAUUGGGAGGAGCAUGUCAACAGGACUGGUUGGACAAUGGCCCAGAACAAGCUAUUUAACAAGAUCCUCAAAGCCCUGCAGUCUGACCGCCUUGCCCGAUUGGCCAAUGAAGGGGCUUGCAAUGAGCCAGUGCUGCGCCGUGUUGCUGUGGACAAGUGUGCGAGGAGAGUGCGGCAGGCUCUGGCAAGUGUGAGCUGGGACACCAAGCUGAUCCAGUGGCUGCAUACCACCCUGGUGGAGACGUUGAGUCUGCCCAUGCUGGCCGCCUACCUAGAUGCUUUGCAGACACUCAAAGGGAAGAUCCCUACUUUGAUUGACCGGAUGCUUGUGUCAUCUAACACAAAGACUGGGGCUGCAGGAGCUGAGGCCUUGUCCCUCUUGCUGAAGAGGCCCUGGGAUCCUGCUGUGGGAGUGCUUUCUCAUAACAAACCAAGCAAACUCCCUGGCUCUCCUCUCAUUCUCAUUGCCUCCUCCGGGCCUUCUAGCUCCGUGUUUCCCACCUCACGCCGCCACCGCUUCUGGCAGUCUCAGCUGUCCUGCUUAGGCAAGGUCAUCCCUGUAGCCACCCAUCUGCUGAACAAUGGUAGUGGGGUCGGAGUUCUGCAGUGUCUCGAGCAUAUGAUUGGGGCAGUGAGAAGCAAAGUAUUGGAGAUUCACAGCCAUUUCCCCCACAAACCUAUUAUCUUGAUUGGUUGGAAUACAGGAGCUUUGGUGGCCUGUCACGUGUCAGUGAUGGAGUAUGUCACUGCGGUUGUCUGCCUUGGGUUUCCUUUACUUACCGUGGAUGGUCCCAGAGGGGAUGUGGAUGAUCCCCUCUUGGAUAUGAAGACUCCAGUCCUCUUUGUCAUUGGGCAGAAUUCCUUACAGUGUCAUCCUGAAGCCAUGGAGGAUUUCCGAGAGAAGAUUCGGGCUGAGAACAGCUUGGUGGUGGUUGGGGGAGCUGAUGAUAAUCUCAGAAUAAGCAAAGCAAAGAAGAAAUCAGAGGGGCUGACUCAGAGCAUGGUGGACAGAUGUAUUCAGGAUGAGAUCGUGGACUUUCUGACUGGAGUGCUGACUCGCGCCGAGGGGCAUAUGGGCUCUGAGCCUCGGGAUCAGGAUGCUGAGAAGAAGAAGAAGCCUCGGGAUGCAGCCCGCAGAGACUUGGGCUUUGAGGUCCCUGAGCGGGGCAGUCGGCCUGCCUCACCAGCUGCCAAGCUGCCUGCCUCACCCUCAGGCUCAGAGGAUCUUUCCAGUGUAUCUAGCAGCCCCACCUCAAGUCCCAAGACCAAAGUGACCACAGUGACCUCUGCCCAGAAGUCCAGUCAGAUUGGGAGCUCUCAGCUCCUGAAGAGACAUGUGCAGCGGACGGAAGCUGUGCUGACCCACAAACAAGCCCAAGCACAGUUUGCUGCUUUUCUGAAACAAAAUAUGCUGGUGAGGAAAGCUCUUCCUCCCGGCACCUCCUCCUGUCUCUUUGUUCCCAUUUCAUCAGAACAAACGGAAGAGGCAGAGAAAGAAGAUCUUAGGGUCCAACUGAAGCGCCAUCAUCCCUCCAGUCCUCUUCCUGGCAGUAAGACCUCCAAGCGACCGAAGAUUAAGGUAUCCCUUAUCUCCCAAGGGGACACAGCUGGAGGGCCUUGUACUCCUUCCCAAGGAGGAGUUCCAGAAGCUGUGGGAGGGAAGCCCAUCACCAUGACGCUGGGGCAGGCUUCAGCUGGGGCCAAAGAGCUCACAGGGCUUCUCACCACCACCAAGUCAAGUGCUUCUGAAGGGGGAGUCUCAGCCAGCCCAGCCUCCUCAGUGUCCAGCAGCACAGCACCUGGUGCCUUGCACACACUCCAGAGCCGUCUGGUGGCCACCUCUCCUGGCAGCUCCCUCCCAGGGGCCGCAUCAGCCAGCAGCCUCCUUCAAGGCCUCAGCUUCAGCUUGCAGGAUAUCAGCAGCAAGACCUCUGGCCUCCCAGCAAACCCUUCCCCAGGGCCAGCUCCACAGGCCACCAGCGUGAAGUUGCCCACCCCCAUGCAGAGCCUGGGUGCCAUCACCACGGGCACCAGCACCAUUGUCCGUACCAUUCCUGUGGCCACCACUCUCUCCUCCUUGGGAGCCACUCCUGGUGGGAAGCCCACAGCUAUCCACCAGCUGCUGACCAAUGGGGGCCUUGCUAAGUUGGCAAGCAGCCUCCCCGGCCUGGCUCAGAUCUCUAACCAAGCAUCAGGGUUGAAGGUCCCUACCACCAUUACUCUGACACUGCGUGGCCAACCGAGCCGAAUCACUACGCUGAGCCCCAUGGGCUCGGGAGCAGCCCCAACAGAAGAGCCCAGCUCCCAGGCUCUGCCCUCCAGCUCACAGAGACCUCUUAGGAAUUUUACAAAGGUGAAGUCUAGAAAACUGGAGAAAACCCUGGUGAAAAAAGGCCAACUCUUUCUACCUUACUUUUUUUCCCUAAGCUACGGGGCUCAACAGUUCAUGGCAUCCAUCCUCCGUAACAACUAAAAAAUGGCGCCUGCCUCCAGGACCCUGAAGAUGCCAUGCGAUAUAGCCACCUUUACCAGGUUGGUGAUGGCUGCCGUGCAGUGAGCCCUGGGCACAUGUGCUGUCCUGCUAAGCCGUCCACUUGUCUGAAGACCUCUUAAGACCUCCAUUUUUGCCUCCCUGCCAUCUGUCUUCAGAAUGGGCCUCAGGGUCUCAUGAAACCAUUAGGCUAGGUGAUACAGCACCAGCAAGGGGAACACUGUCCUCUGGCAUCUAUGGGUCUGUGUCCUGGAAUCAUCAGGUUUCUCUGCAGAUCUGGCUGUGCAUGAAUCAGAGGCACUUCUCCGGCAUUAGCUGUGACUUGACCCAAGUAGCAGUGUUGGACUGCUCACUACAUUUAAUAAAGGAGUUCCUUUGGGAAGUCUGUGCUGCCCCCGUGCCAAGUUGGGAGGAGAUGUCCACAUGCUCUGGGGCUUUCAGGGAGUUAGAAUUGAGAGCCUUUUGCUGAGGACCGGAUCAUCUUGGCCUACCGACAGUUGUGCAGUACCAGAGGGCUGGUUUCGGACAUCACUGUUGCUUUCACUGAGCAGCCAUGGGAGAAUGUGCCCCAUGAAGCUUCUCCCUCUUAAGAACCACAUCAGAUACUGAGUAACCUGCUGAGACCUGGGCAUUCCUAAGUUCAAACCCAUGAUAAAGUAAAGAGGACUGGGCUGUUAUCUUUCAAUCCCUUUGGUCACUAUAGAUGGGGAGCAGCUGUUGCCAGGAAGUGAAAGACGGCCUGGCCACUUUCUUUUUUUUUCAUCAUGGCUUUGGGGAUUUCCUGUAUUCAGAAAACUUACAGGUCUAGAAAGGCUGAAGAAGAGGAAUGGAACAAAUGGAAGUGGCUUAAAGGAUGUGCCAGUAAGUUCUGUGGAGAAAACUUGGUGCAUGAGGCUUUGCACCUAGUAUUUAAGGAACUGUUGAUUCGAUAUGGAGAUGAGAAGAAUUUGCCAAGUUACAGGAAAGAAACCCCAACCCCUGAAAUUGCCAUCUCCAGUGCUUGGAAGUGAAACGGAAACAGCUAAGUUAACAUCUUGGCUGUCCCAGGAAGUUCUGGCAUCAGGAUGAUCAAGGCCAUGCUUUAGUGUUUCUAUUUCCAUUCCAUGCACCUUCUUGUCUUCUUGCUUAGAAGUGGGAAGGUUAUUGGCAUUGACUCUACUGUGUGGGGCUUUUGGUACCAGCCUGAGCCCUGGAGAAGUGAUCACUGAAGAUGGAGCUCUAAACCCCUCCUUACGUCCUCACAAUACUUGUACACCAAAGUAGUUUUAGAUUUGGUGUCAUACUUGUCCUCCAGAUCAGGUUGCCUGCCCUUCCGUACUCUACAAUGUUUCCAGUCAAGGUGAUAAUAAAUAGAGCAACCCAGAUGUGACUCUAACUCUGUUCAGUAUCUGUAGGCAGGAGGGUCCACAGCAUGCCAUGGCAGUGGUCCAGGGUCCUCACCAGUGGUGUAACAUAUAUGCAAACCAGGCUGUCUGUCUGAAGUCCAGGAGCUUUACCUGCCUGUCUAACUGGAAGCCAGGAGAGAGAACCUCUUGUGUAGGAGUCUAAGACAAGGCAGAAAGGGGUGCUGUGGGCAGGGAGGGGGUAUGUGUGAUAGACAUAGAAAGAGCAUCCUGAACACCAGGCCCUCCCUCCCUGACCUGCAGAGCUGGUCUCAGCAGUGAUUUGCACAAAAUUAGCUUUGUUCUCUCAUUAGCUGGUAGGUAACUGUUUUCAGAAAUUCAUUUAGUAAGUUUGAGGAAGAUAUGAACUCUGAAAGAGGCAUCCGUGGGUCAGGGGUUUAGUAGCUUUACAGGUAGGAUUAUACAACAAUAGAAACCAAGGACAGUAAGACUGAGACUUUGUGAAGCUUUUAGGAAUCGUUUAGGACAGGCAGAGGGUCCUGAACAACUCAUUCAUGGCUUAGGAGUAUGGCCUAGACCGUGCUAGAGUGGUUGCUUCUAAAAGAUGCUGGCCUAGUCUAUGCUGGGGCCAAAGGAUAAACUAAUGCAUUGUCCUGUGUUUGUGUAAACCCUACUAUGCUUUCCAUGGAUGAGGCUUGAGUUGUACACCUUGAAGAAAGCCAAACCUGUAAAGGGGAGUUAUAAGAACAUUGACUCUUGUUCACCUUGGUGGGACAGGCUAAAGGGGGAGGUGGUUGAAGUCCACAGAGUUAUGUUCUUCAACUCCACACUUCUGCACCCAGUCUUUUCGAAAUGUGAAAGGAAGCUUCUACCUAUCAUGAGUCAGACCUGGAGUCCAUAACCUCAGAAGGCAAUACUACUGGCUGAGAAUGUAGAAGGAUCAAGAAAGCUUUAGUUAAAUUCUUGACAUUCAACAUGACAGGUGCAUGUUGAUGCCCUAUGGAAGAUGUCCUUGUGCUUUAAGAAGAGGUCACUGAUGGAGGAAGAUCUCCUACCUGUUCUUGGCUCUACCGGUAGAACAGUCUUGGGGUGGGCGAGUUAUAGAGAUGAGCUGCUGUCUCGAUUCUGUUCUUACAUUAGCAAAAACAAUUAAAAAAAAUAAAAGCAACUUUGGAUUUCUUCAA